CCGCUCGGUAAACUUCAGUCAAGACCAUUUAUUGCAUUGCAGAGCAGUGUACCGUAGUCUGUAGAGUAUAAAUAAAUGUUCAUUACCUUCUUAGCGUGCUUCUAAAUUAUGUCUAGUGAAUAGAUUACGUUUAUAUCAAAACUACGCCUUGGUCGGUCACAGACUAUUCACGAUCAAAAACCAACACCAUAGGUCGUCCGGUUCAGGAAGUGAAGAUCUUGUUUGUAAUAUUUCACUUGAUGGUGCGUAGGUCUCUAUCUGAAACAGGCAACAUCCGGGGAUUUCAAUUUCUACCCGAAAUCGAUAUUUAUCUGCAACAGGGACUUGAAGGUGACAUGAUUUAACUGUAGAUCAUGAUGAAGUUAAUCAACAGUAUUUGUAUUUUGGUCAGUUGUUUUACUGUAACACAACAGUUAAAAACAUAUCAACUACCAGCUUAUCUUACACCAGGUUUAAAUCAAGGUACAGUACGAAGUGAAGACGAAUAUACCUGGCUGGUUCAACCUUGCAGUUAUCUGGAAGCUGAAAAUGUGUCUGCCCCAUAUCAAACCUGGUCUUCGCCAACUUUUUUUAACUACAGAUAUCAAAUUUGUGGUGAUAACUGUACCAUUCCUCCACCUAUAGGAGUCCGAAGUGCUGUUCCUUUAGGAGGAAUAUCAACAGGAAGUAUUGAAUUAAGAGCAGAUGGUACCCUUCAUGAAUGGACAAUUAUUAACCAAUCACCAUCAAGUGCUGCUAAAAUACAAACAUUUGAUGAUGCAUUUUUUGGCAUAAGGGUUACUAAGAAAGUCUCGAGUACCCUUAAAUUUGUCCCGUUUAAAAAUAUUCAGACAAAAAAGUACUUAAAUGUGUUUUGGCAGGAUACCUACCAAUCCACCAAUGGUGUCAAUCAGGCAUUUGUAUUACGGACACAUCCACCAUCAGGAUUACCAGGAGUUAAAUCUAUGACAUAUCAAGGUCUAUAUCCAUCUGCACAGUUAACUGUAAACGAUGAUCGUUUGCCAUUAAAUAACGUCUCUUUAACAGCUAUGUCAACCUAUUUUGUUAAUGACAUGAAUUCAUCUGCAACUCCAGCCAUUUCUUUCAUAUUUUCUGCCACAAAUCCUUCCAAUACAGAUACAAUCGAAGCAUCAUUUAUGUUUAAUUUGCCAUUUGGGCUUGAGAAAAAUACAGAUCGCAGUUUCACCUUUAAAUCCAUGUCACUGAAGGAUGAAAACUUUGAUGAACUCUUAAUGUCUGCUACAUCAGACUUGGAUUGUCUUAAUUUGUGCAAUACUUGGGAGCCAUGUUCAACCUGGACGUUUAAUAGUGAUGAUACAUCAUGUCUGCUUUCCUCGACAGUUAAUUUAAAUGGCUACAACACAUUUAAAUCAUCUGGAAUAAAGGGUUACUGGACAGCCAGCCAACAGCCAAAUCUAAAAUGUCUGACAUUAGACAGACCAGGAGAGUCACCACCAAGUGGUAAUAUAUCAUUGUGUAGUAAUUCAGCUCUGGACUCUUUGACGUUUGGUGUUGAUAAUGAUAUCAUGACGCUUUGGAACACCUUUGCAGAGAAAGGCCAAUUUGAUUUUACCGGAAGGAAAGAAUUGGGAAUUCAUGGAGCUAUUUCUGCUAAAUUAUCUAUACUGCCAGGUGAAACUGUCCAAUUUCCGAUGACUUUGACCUGGUUUUAUCCCAACAGAGAUUUUGGAGACACAGUUUAUGGAAAUUGGUAUAAAAAUCUUUUUGUGAGCAGCGAGGAUGUGGCUCAAAAUAUUUUAAAUGGUAAAAAGAUCAAUCUAAAGGAACAGACAACUGCCAUUAAUAAAUUACACGAAGCCUUCCUUACACCUGGAUCUAGCGUACCUGUUUGGCUAUCAGAUUUACUCAUCAACAGUUUAGGACAUAUUAGAUCAGCUAUGUGGUUUGCUGAUGGUAAAUGGAGACAAUGGGAAGCCUACGAUUGCUCAAAUAUGGAUUCUGUUCACAAUGAUGGAGAACGUCACAUUCCUUACAUUAUGUUCUUCCCGGGAUCUAUCAGAAAUAAAAUGGUUGCCUGGGCCAAAUCUCAGUUAUCUGAUGGUAUGAUACCAGAACAGCUUCAAUCCAACUGUUUUACUAAACAUUUUGGCAAUGUGAUUGAUGUGCCAAGUGGAAGGAUUAUGUCUGAUGUAUCUUCUAUGUUUAUUGUUUAUCUUCUUGAACUUUAUAGGUGGGAAAAUGAUACAGCUUUAUUAAAUGAGCUGUGGCCAUAUGCAAAAAAGGCAGCUGAAUGGCACAUGUUAGUUUCAGCACGAUAUGGUUUACCAUACCGUCUUCAAAAUACAUAUGAUAUACUUGGGUUAGAUGCCUAUGACAUUUGUACGUACAAUUCAGCCUUUCAUUUAUUAGCAAUGCGAGCAGCAGAAGAAUUGGCCAAAGUUAUGGGAGAUACAGAAUUUGCUAUGAAAACCAGAGAAGCUUUUACAGUAGGACAAAUAGCAUUAGAUCAGUAUUUAUGGAAUGAUACCAUGGGAUAUUAUAAUUCUUAUAAACGUGAUAUAUCAAAUCUAACUGAACAUAAUCCUGGUGCCAUUAUGACAGAUUGUUUUUAUGCUCAGGUUUUAGCUCAUUCAGCAGGACUAGGUGAUCUAGUUGACAGUCAGAACUUAGCUACACAUCUAAAAUCUGAAUUAAUAUUAAAUGAUUCUCCUUAUGGAAUGUUAGUACAAACAGGUAGAUAUCCGUAUCCUGGUCCACCCCAGGAUAAUGCUGUAUGGAUGAUGGGUAAUCCAAACUGGGCCUCAACACAACUUCGUCUUGGUUUAAAUCCAACUGAAGCUUUGAAUGUAGCCAAGAAAAGUUUAGACAGAUAUAGAACUGUAUUGAAUGAUCUGUGGAAUGUUGCGGGUGUAAAUGGAGGAAUGGGGUAUAAAGCAGAGGGUCAACCAUACAUUACCAGUCACUAUGGUUACUAUAUGUCAUCAUGGCAUAUACUACUAGCUUUAUCUGGUCAACAAGCUGACCUACCUAAAGGCAUCCUAACCUUUAACCCUAAGAAUGAAAACCCCUUUAACUAUCCAGUGCUAUUGCCAGGGGUGUUGGGUACCAUAACCUCUAAACCAAGUUUAGAUGGUUUUACGAUAACAUACACAUUAAGUCUUUUGUUUGGAGAGUUAAAGUUACAACAACUUGGUGUACGUGAUAGUUAUUAUCCUGGUACUGUAUCAGUUAAAGCUGAUCAACAUGUACAAUGGAAUGAUACCAUUUAUUAUUAAUUAAUUGUUCAUAAUUAAAUUGAGAAAUUUGUUACUAGUCAGUACUUAUAUACAACAAAGAUGUCUUUACAUUCCAAAUUCCUUGUCAAUUGUCAAUUUGCAUACUUGUCUUUAAUACAGCCUUAAAUACAGCUGUGAUAGUUAUCCAUGUUUAUAUAUACAGAUUAUAAUGUCUAUAUACUCACAUUGUUUCACGGUCCAGUCCUAAAUCUAUACAGAAACCUUUUAUGCCAAUGUGCAGAACAGGGAGCAUGUAAAAUGUACAUUGAAAAAGUAUUGACUAACAAUUUUCUCACAUUCAUUUCAUGACAUUUAUAGUAUUACAGGCUAAUAUUCGUAGAAUAAAAAAUAUUAUUGAUACUAAACCAUUUUAACUUUUAAACGUACUAUAAUUACUCACAUCUUUUUUUUUAUAAAUUGGAUAAGAAUUUGGUUUUCUAUUCAUUAAACAUGUUCUUUAAUUUUUCCUUUAAUGCUGUGAUAUAAAAGGAAGACAUUUGUGAUAUUUUCUUUAUUGGCAUACCAAUUAUGACUAGACCAACUUUUUAUGUUGUUGUCCCUGUGGGUUGAUCUGUUAGUCUUUCAACGCUUGGCUUGUUAAUGCAAUAGAGGAUGAACCGUCUCUAUAUUCAGAGUUCCACUACCUUUCAUUCCAGUAUUACCCCCACCUUCUUUUCUCUAAAAAAAAACAUUGUGAACACAAAGUCUACAUUAUUUAACAGUUUUUUUAAAAUUUAUUAGGAUCAGAGAUGACGAACCUUGCUAAUUUUCAGAAAAGCUUGUGGACGCAAUAUAGAUCAGAUUUCUAGCAUGAUCAGUAUCAAAUUUGAAAAAACAUCCCAGCUUUGUUUAUGAUAAGUUGCUAUCUAUGGCUAUAUUUUUAUAGUGACAUAGCUCCUGUGACCUGUGUCAUAUUUCUGUUAAAUAGUGAGAACUGUUGUUCCAAAUUAUACUGAUUUUUUUUUCAUUGCUUUUUAUACAAAAUGAAAUAAAAUUGUAUGUUUUAUAUUAUGAACUUAUAAUAUUAGAAAUAAUAAGAGUAUUUAAUUUGUGGGUUAAACAUUUUGUAUUUAAUUUGCAUAAUUUUUUCUAUUAAGUGUUUAAUUACAAUGUGUAAUUAUUUUAUAAUUGUUAAUUUUAACAGUAUUGUCUCAAUACAUUUUAUUUAAAAUUAAACUAAGACAGAUUUAUAUUUUAUUUUAGAUAUUCUUUUCUGCUUCAAAACAAAUUGUAGUGAGCUGUAGUGUUCAUUGUCUCAAUAGAAUGUAUGUCCAGUCUUCAAGUUUGUAGCAUUUAAUCUGUUGUAUUAUAUGUUAACACUUUUUUUUUAUUUCAUUGUUGUUAGAUCAUUAAAAAAUAAUAUUUUACAAACUCAUGCAUUUUCACCUUUCAAGGGUAAAUCAUAAAUUGUAUAAACUGUUCUCAAAUAUUCUUGUUGUGCCUUCACACAUAAAUGUGUCAUGGACUAUAGCAAACAGUUUGUAAUAUUUUUUUAUCUGUAAAUUCAGUGUCAAAUAUAUAUUUGUAUGAGAUGAACAGAUGAAAUUCCAUUGUAUUAAUAUAGAAAAAUCAAAUAUGAUAAAACGAAAAGGUGAAUUAAUAUGAAUGGUAUAUUUAAAUUUCAUUGUUUUGUUAUUGUUCCCCGCCUUUCGAAGAAAGCAGGGGACUAUUAAAAUGGGUUCGUCCGUCUGUCUGUCUGUCCGUCACACUUUUUGGGACACAAUAACUCUCUUUCUAAUUGAGCUAGAAUGUUCAAACUUGGUGUAGGUGUUUAUUAGGUCAAUACCUUGAUGGAGUUCGAAGAUGAGCAUUUUCCGCUUAGGGUAAGCGGAGAUAAGCAAUUUGAUUGGUUGAUGUUUUGGGACACGAUAACUUUAGUUCUAAUUAAGUGAGAGUGAUGAAACUUGGUGUAUAGUUUCAUUACAUUAAUACCUUGACUUAGUUCGCUAAUGAGUAUUGUCUGCUCAGGGUAAGCAGAGCGUUAAGCAGUUUGAUUGGCCAAGAUUUCGGAACACAAUAACUCUCCUUCUAAUUGAGCUAGAAUGUUCCAACUUGGUGUAGGUGUUUAUUAGGUGAAUCCCUUGAUGGAGUUGGAGGAUGAGGAUUUUCUGCUUAGGGUAAGCAGAGAUAAGCAAUUUGAUUGGUUGAUGCUUUGGGACAGGAUAACUUUAGUUCUGAUUAAGUGAGAGUGAGGACACGUGGUGUAUAGCUUUAUUACAUCAAUACCUUGACUAAGUUCGAUAAUGAACAUUUUCUGCUGAGGAUAAGCAGAGCGAUAAGCAAUUUGAUUGGUCAAGACUUUGGAACACAAUAACUCUCCUUGUAAUUGAGGUAGAAUGUUCAAACUUGGUGUAGGCAUUCAUUAGGUGAAUCCCUUGAUGGAGUUGAUGAUGAACAUUGUCUGCUUACGGUAGGCAGAGAUAAGCAAUCUGAUUGGUUGAUGCUUUAGGGGCACGAUAACUUUGGUUAUAAGGAAGUGAGAGCGAUGAAACUCUGAAUAUAGAUUCAUUAUAUCAAUAUCAUUACCUUGACUAAGUUCGAUUGUGCGAAUUUUCUGCCUGGGCUAAGGAGCGAUAAGCAAUUUGAUUGGUCAAGACUUUGGAACAUAAAAACUCUGCUUUUAAUUGAGAUAGAAUGUUUAAACCUGAUGUAGAUGUUCAUUAGGUGAAUGUCUUGACUGAUUUCAAUGAUUAACAUUUCAAGCUAAAGCUAAGCAGAGCUAAUCAAUUUCAUUGGUUGAUGCUUUGGGACAAGAUAAUCUUGAUUCUAUCUGAUAGAGAGUGAUGAAACUUAGUGUGUAGUUAGAUUGCUCGAUACUUUUGAAAAAAAUAAAUGUGCGAUUAAUUCAUAUGUGUCAUCUAUUUAUUUUGGGAUUUCGGCAGGGGACAUCAGCCUCACUGUUGGCUUGUUUUUAUUAAAAUUGAAAUGUUUUAAUUCUUAUUUCCGAAUUUUUAAUAUUUAUUAACAUUUAUUGGUGUUUUUUAAAUACAAAUUGCAACAAGCAUAUCAAUAUUUUAUGAUAAUUGAUUUAUAAUAUUGUUUUAUAACCUUUAAAAUAUGAAACUCAUAUUUUAUAAUUAAAAGAUAUAUUUAAAAAAAUAAUAAACUAAUAAUUAAAUUACAUUAACAUUCCUUUACCUUUUGUCAUAAAAUUUACAGUAAUAUACACCAAAUACUAAGAAAAGAAAUAUUUGUUUAACUUAGCAUCAGAGGAUCAAUCAAAGUGAUCAAUUUGGUUUAAUAUAUAUUUUUAGAUUAGAUUGUAACUUGUAACUUUGUUUUAAUGUUGUGAUAAAUGAUUUGUAGUUUUUUAAGAUGUAUGUGUUUAAUAAAUGAUUUCUUUUUUUAAAAAAAAAAUGUAUAUUAAUGUAUAUGUAUAUUAAUUUUAAGAUGCAUUU